AUGAGCCCUAAAACGCAUGAACCUUCGGCUAAUGCUGUUCCAAUGGAACUGAACGUCUCGUUUCAAACUAAUCCGAGUAUCCUUGUUGAAACUUUGAAAGUCCUUACUCUUCUGUCUCCGAAAAUCAAGAAAGAUGCAGGUCAUCAUCGGGGCCGGCUGAUCGCUGAUCUCAGCGAAUUAUCAAGACAAUGGCAACAUUUGCAGGGAGUUUUAGAGUCCCGUUUUGACCUAGAAUGCUCCGAUGAAGAAGUGCUCGAGAGAUUCGCGGGUAUGAACAGGGUCAAAAACGAUUUCUACCGGGUGUUUCAAACAAUCACAGAUAUAGAGGCUGGCUUGAUAGAACGGCUUGACGAAAUAGAGUCUUGGGUCGAAAAUGGAGCUGAGGACGAGGAACUGCAUAAUUUGAUAAACACAUUCGAGGACUGUUGGAUGAGACUUGAUCGUUUAAAGAUUCUGCUGCGAUCUUCAAGGUAUGCUUUGGAAAGCGGGCUAGAGUUCAAUGCAAUUCUCAACGACAACAUCCUGGCACUGGAUGCAUUGAUAGACGGAAAUGCUGAAAAAUGUUUUGAAAUAAAAGAGGGCAUGAAAAGCUCGGAAAUCUCGCGGGCUUCUUUCGACAUUCAAAAGAGAGUCAGCAGCAUUCUUUCGGAGUGUGCCGAUACGGGAUUUGCUCGAGUGCCUUCUUUUUUCGAGGAUUCUGACCUCUUCGAGAAAUUCAUCACAAUCAGGGAUACUAUAGAGCCAUUGGAAGAAAACUUACGACACACUUUACGCCACAGGAUUGAGCAUUUUGGCAAUCGUCAGAUCAACCAUGCUGAAUAUUUGGUCAAUAUUUUGAAAACAAAACACAAUGACCUUGGUCAAAAACACGACUCACUGCUGGUUGUUUUCUAUUUACUUAAGGAAGAGCUUGUAAACUCUCGCUGGAAGGAGCUCUUUAAAAGCUUGAACAAAAUCAUUGAACAGGACGUAGUGGCCGCUAGUGCCAUGGUCACUGAACAAGCAGCCCGCUCAACACUGCGAACGUUAGAACGCUCUAAACUCGUGUCACUCCAGCAGGAAAUUGAAAAUAACUUUAAUAUCGUAUACCAGGCUCUCCAUAGCUCUGUGCUUAGCGUCGAUGUGGCCGAUCAGUCCAACGAGCUUGCCGAUCGGUGGCUUGAAGUCAGAUCACAGAUACAAGAACUUCGCUCACAGGCAGAUACAGACGAAGAUCUAGCGUCACAUGUCCAGAAGUUGUCUUUACGAGAGGAAGAACCUGUCGAGAAAAGGUCAACUCAAACGCGCUCUACCAGUGUUGGAGCAUUUUUGUUCAAGCGCAUGAACAUCAAGCCAGUCAUGGUAAACACUACCCCAAAGUCCGCUGUGAAGCUCAAACCACUGUACCAGCCAUCAUCGAUCUCACAACCCGCUCGACUUAACUUUGAGAGUAUCCCCAACCUCUCGCAGUCAUACAAUAGCGAUGAAAUAUCAACUAGCAUCAUUCCAAGCCCAAGUCGAAAUGCAAACCCCGACCCUCUACCUGACAUUUCCCUUACCGAACUACUGCAUCAGAAAAUAGCUUAUUUUUCGAACCUGAGGUCGCAAAUUCCCGUAUUCAAGUGCCAUAAACACAAUUUGGCACAACCUAUCAUCAACCACUUGUCAGAUCCAAUGAAAGUGGUACCUCAAAGCUCGAUCCUGCCCAUCUUGGAAUCUGAAGUAUUCCAAAGAAAGUGUCAACUUUCGACCUCGUGCUUACCUAAGCUGCAAUUAAAUUGA